UUAUUGUCGAGUUUAGUUUGCUUAGCUCCUAGUUGUCUACACAACAUAAAAUGUGCAGACAACUAGUAAAUCGGCAAAAUUCCAACCUGACCGGUUAACUCCUAUAUUUUGCUCCAUUUAUUACAAAUCGUAUAAUAUAUUAAAACCGAGAAUAUAUAAUACACUUAAGUAUGGCAGCACAAUUCUUUAAUCGAUUGGGUCAGCUCGGCCUAGGUAUAGCUCUUACUGGUGGUGUUAUCAAUUCUGCAUUAUACAAUGUUGAUGGUGGUCAUAGAGCAGUUAUAUUUGAUAGAUUUGCUGGUAUAAAAAAUGCAGUGAUAGGCGAAGGAACACACUUUUUUAUUCCCUGGGUGCAAAAACCAAUUAUUUUUGACAUCCGUUCACGACCGAGAAAUGUUCCUGUUAUUACCGGGAGCAAAGAUCUUCAAAAUGUAAAUAUCACUCUUCGUAUCCUCUUCAGACCUGUGCCUGAUUCUUUACCUAGAAUAUAUACAAUUCUUGGUGUGGAUUAUGAUGAAAGAGUACUUCCGUCUAUUACGACUGAAGUACUGAAAGCUGUAGUUGCACAAUUUGAUGCUAGUGAAUUAAUUACACAAAGAGAAAUUGUAUCUCAGAAGGUCAGUGAAGAUUUAACAGAAAGAGCUGCACAAUUUGGCCUUAUCUUAGAUGAUAUUUCACUUACACAUUUAACAUUUGGCAAAGAGUUUACUCAGGCGGUAGAAUUGAAACAAGUGGCGCAACAAGAUGCAGAGAAAGCUCGUUUCUUAGUAGAAAAGGCUGAACAGCAGAAGAAGGCUGCUAUUAUUAGUGCCGAGGGUGACGCGCAAGCCGCACUUUUACUAGCGAAAUCUCUAGCAGAAGCGGGAGACGGUCUAGUUGAGCUCAGAAAAAUAGAAGCCGCCGAGGACAUCGCGCACAACUUAUCCAAGUCUCGUCAAGUGGCGUACUUGCCGUCAAGUUUGAAUGUGCUGCUUAAUUUGCCGCAAUAAACUAAACGAACUAUGAAUUAUGCAUUUACAUCAUGAGAAGUUUGAUGUUGUAACAGAUUGUAUAAAUCGCCUAGCAGAUGAUGGAAACUUAUCCGAAAAAGUGUUGCAUAGCAGCAAUACAUAGUAUUUCGUAACAUUUA